AUGAUGUGCAAACCCAUGCUUUGCAAAGGUUCCACCCGGAGGCGAUUGUUUUUGACUCGGUUCCUGUUCCAACAACGAUGCCUUGAAAAAACCCUGCACGCACAACAGGCCCGACCGGGACAUGUCGACCGCCCCGUAGGAACUUCGGGGUACCAGGUACCCGUUACUGCCUCUGACGCUGCUACCAACGGCGACCCUCGUGAAGGACUCCACGACGGCAAGAUGGUAACGGCCGAUGGCGGCCGCACCGCGAAAUUUGACGCCCCCAGCAGCGUGGACGUCGCGGGGACCCUCUUGGAUGACACAACACUUGGCCCGGGAGAGGUCUUGCCGGCAUCCUCAGUUGCAUGCAACAGAGUCACGCCAGAGAACACUGUCCGAGACGAGCCCAUCGUCCAGGCGCCCGCACCAAGCGCGCCUACGGGUGUCGACACCGAGAAGGUGCAAGAUGUACGUAAUCCGGUGGACCAGGUGCCCGCUACUGCCCCUGGUGCCGGUACCAACGGCGCCCCUGGUGAAGGGCUUGACGAGGACAGAAUGGCAAGGGGCGAAAACCACCACACCGCAAUAUACGACGCCCCUUGCGGUGUGGACGUCGCGAGGCUCGGUGGAUCGACUACCUUGUGCUCCGAGGAUGAUGGCCAGGACGUCAGUGACUUGCUCGUCGUGAAGUCUCCUGGCAGCGAUCAACGUGACGUGUUGGCGUCCGCUUCCGCACAGACCGCCCCGAUCGUCGAUGGCAACGGCGACAGCCCGAACCUACCGAUCGUGCUACCACCACACGCGGCCGCUGAAAAGGGCCCUGGACAAGACGACGGGCCAGAAGGCACAGAAGUGGAGUCACGGCGCCUCCCCAACCAGGACGAAGCAUCUACCGAGGGAGAUCAUCCCGAAGAAGAGGCCAUGACGAACGGCCUCUCUCGCCCUUCCUCCCCGAGCUGGAUCGGAGCUCGCCAUGUUGCGACCCAUGACGAACCUCAGAUUCGUGGCGAUUCAGCGCCUGGAGCACCCGCUUCUGCUGCCUCGGACAUGUUGACCUGGGUGGAAUACAAGUACUUUGGCAUUGCUGUGGUCGGCUUGUUGCUGGUGGUUCUUACCGUCAAGAGCAGAGUCGGGAUGGAGAUGGUUGCUGCGGCCAUGCUGGCGAUGUCGCUGGCUCGGGGUCGGGUGCCGCACGGGCGCGUGGCGGAGCCAAGGCGCUGGCACCCCUCCGGCGUGGGGCGAGUGGUGCUUGUGGCGAAGAUCGCCAUGGUGGACGGCUUGAGGGCGUUGGUAUCAUGGGUGUCAGAGCGUGAUUGGGUGAGCUCAACUUCCGCCUGGACGGGGGGCAUCUGCACCUACGUCGCACUGGCGGCGUUCGGAAUGUUGCGGUCAGACGUCACGAGCAGGAUCAAGAACUGGGUGCCUUCGGUGCUUACGCGGGCGUUCUCGGUUGCUCGGAACCAAGUGUCGCGAGCACGGGCGGUGGACUUCCCGACCUGGCUCACUAUCGUCGAGGAGACGUGGAUGUCUCUUUCGGUGGCGAUCCUUGCGGCCACGUCCAAGAUCACGCCGAUCGAUGAGUCCAGCCCAUACAUGAAAGUGAUAUCAAAAUCUGAUAUGGCUAAGUGGAAUGCUUGGUGGUACGACUAUCGCUGGGUGGUUGUGGGCACGUUGAUGCCGCUCUUUCUCGGCGUCAUGAGGAUGGUCACGAACGACAUCAUUUCUAUGACGAUGCUGGCGAUGUGCCGGGUUCGGGGUCGGUUGCCGCAAGGACGCGCGGCGAGGCCGUAUCACUGGCACACCCUCCGCCCGGCGGCGGUGGCAGUUGUGGCGAAGAUCGUUGUGGUCGAUGGCCUGAGGGCGCUGGUGUGGUGGGUGUCAGAGCAAGUUGCGGCGAACUUUGUGUCUGGCUGGAGGGAGGUCUUCUGCUGGUCACUCGUGCUAGGUUCCGGGGCCUACAUGCGCUCGUAUACUCUUGACGUCAUGAACAGAGUCACGAAAGGAAUGGUUGCCGUGGGUACGUGGGUAAACUCGACCGGUUUUCACCAGAGGUCUCCAGGGCGCGGGGCGGAGCCACCGCGUUGGCACCCAUUCCGCGCGGCGACGGCCAUAUUCACUGCAGGGUUGGUUGCGAUGAUCGUUGACCGUAUCGCUGAGGCGGGUGGAUGGAGCGCAUCAGUGGUGUGGGCGUCACGCGGGGUCACCGUGCUUUGUGGUCGUCUGCCACUCACCUCUCAGCUGGUAUCAGUCUCGUGGAAGGCCUUGGGGGUUGCUGCGGCUGCAGCGGCAUUGAUGGCCUGGGUGAUGGUGGUGUACGUGGCGGCAGCUGGGAUUUUCUUCGUAUGCACCAACCGCAUGACAUUUCCGAUUCGAAUCCUUGUCCGGAUCUUCGAGCUCCACGACAAGUGGGGAGAACCCAACACCCUUCAGGUUUCCAUAGCACUCUAUCCCGACUGGCAACAAGAGGUGCGAGCGCAGGUGGUUAUCGGCACCGCCUCGACCCUGUCCAUCCUUCUGGAUAGAGGCGUCCUCGAGCCGUCCAACGUGACAGUUUUCGCGGUUGACCUCGGCAAUGACGACUCGUCGGGAAUGUUAUUUGCUGGAAAGAACCCACCAGGGGGAACCAAGAGGAGUGCUUGCGUUCUGCGAAACUACGAAAUCAUCCCGAUGGGAGCCGGCGAGUUGUUCCGAGCAGAGAGACAAUUCGGGCACCAACAGCUCCAAGAGAAACGCCGCUCGUCAGCGAGGGCCCUCUUCUCAAUGUGGGCCUUCACGGCUCUCUGUUACGCAGGAUACUGGGUGCUGCCCCUGGCCUUCCCUUCCUUCACUUCCUCCGCCACCGCCUUCCUCUGGGAACUCCUCGCUGCACUCGGUCGCGUCGCGGGGUCGACGGCGGGGCUUGUCGCCACCCUUUUUUGUGGGCUGUCUGCCUUGCUCGUCCACGCGACGACCGUCAUCCUGGUGCUUCCCUCCUUCACUGCCGGUCUCCUGGCGGCGACGGUGGGGCUCGUGGGCAACCUUCUGCGUGGGCUGUGUACCUCGCUCGUUCAUCCGCCGAUCGUCAUCCGGGUGUUCUCCUCCUUCGUUGGCGGCCUCCCGGCGGCAACGGCGGGGCUCUUCGCCACCCUUUGGUGCGGGCUGUCUGCCGUGGUCGUUAACGUGACGACUAUCAUCCGGGUGCUUACCCCUUACGUCGGCGGUCUCGCGGCGGCGACGGCGGAGGUUGUGGUGAUCCUGUCCCAAGCGUUGUUCGCCGUGGUUGUUCCAGCCACUGCCACCGUGAUUCGUGGGCUGUCCGUCUGUGCUUGCGGCCUCCUGUGUCUGCUGAAGAUCGUCGUCAGCCUGUGGUCGGAGCUGGCCGUCACCGCCAUGGCCGGCAGACUGCUGUUGAUCCUGGGGCGGCAACAUCAGAGACUUUCGACACCGUCCACGGCGACCUUGGCUGUAACUCCUCCCCGGGCGCCAAGCGAUACCACCAACGCCUGUGUGCCGAAGGGAAAGGUGAGCGGGAGCGCGGCAAGCGACACCACCAACGCCUGUGUGCCGAAGGGAAAGGUGAGCGGGAGCGCGGCAAGCGACACCACCAACGCCUGCGUGCCGAAGGGAAAGGUGAGCGGGAGCGCGGCAAGCGACACCACCAACGCCUGUGUGCCGAAGGGAAAGGUGGGCGGGAGUGCGGCAAGCGACACCACCAACGCCUGUGUGCCGAAGGGAAAGGUGAGCGGGAGCGCGGCAAGCGACACCACCAACGCCUGUGUGCCGAAGGGAAAGGUGAGCGGGAGCGCGGCAAGGGACACCACCAACGCUUGUGUGCCGAAGGGAAAGGUGGACGGGAGUGGAGCGCCGGCCAGUGGCUCAGCUCUGACAGGCCCUGGAAGCGUCUUCCUCGCCAAGAAUUCCCCCCCUCUCCUUCAAUGUGCGCACCUAUUGGCCCCACAACCGAGCGUCAAGCCGCAGGGGAGGGUGAAAACCAGCAGCAGCCAGACUGCUCCGAAUGUGUGCGUUUGCCUGAAUGUGGCCGCACAGCCGACCUCCACGCCGCAGCGGAGCCUCGCGACCAGCAGCACGCAGACACCAACCGCUUCCUGGAAAUCGGCUCUCGUGCCCAGGUCUGGAAACGUGGGAAUCACCAACCGCAGCGAGACCGUUUGCUACAACCGGUGCUUCUUGAACUCGGUUGUGCAACUGUUGAGGGCCUCCCCCGGCCUCGUGAGCCUGCUGCUGCGAGAGUCCAAGGUUGGGCCUGCCGCACGGCUGCUGGAGGGAGGACGCUUGUGGAGCGACCCCGCCCCUCGAACGUUGGAGGAGCUCCAAAACGACCUCCUCUUCCAGCUGGCAAUGGUUCUCAAGGAGGUGUUCGUCGAGGCGAUAUUCUCCGUCUUCAAGCCGGAGGAGAUCUACUUCAUGGACUGUGGCGACUUCGUUUUCGCCGGCUGCCACAACGACGGCUGCAACCACGUCGUCGAGCUGCGAUUCCCAGGGGUUCUGCCCGUGGAGCCCUUGAAGGUGGACUACACCAGCGCGAGAGAUGUCGCAGAGCUGGAGGAAGACUUCGGGGAGCUAAUGGAGAGCGUCAAGGACAGCGGGAAGACCGAGCUCUCCUUCCUGCUCAACAACGUGCGUUCACUUUCCCCUUGCUUGACGACGUCCAAGAUCACCAGGGACGUGACAUUCCCCCUGGACGACUUGGAGCUGCUCACAACCGAAGCCGACGGCACGCCAACAACAACGCACUACAUGGCGGUCGCCGUCAUGCAGCAUUGGGGUCCCUACUGCACCAGCGGCCACAACGUAACCCUCGUGCGGAAGGACUCGAAGGCAGGGUCCGAGUGGUGGCUGUGCAACGACGAGGACAUCCUCUCGGUCUCGUCAGCUUGUGUCACUCGCAACGCCGUGGCGGUCUUGUACCGCCGGGUGCCGGAUUCCUACGUCCCACUUCGAUAA